CCAAAAGCAAAUUAAUGAUUAGUCUUUUCUAAUAGAGAAUGGUUAUGCAAGGGAUAUCCCUAUAUAUUUUGCUCGGCCAUCUCUUCAUUGCUCAUCUUCCUGUCCAGUGUCUCGAAUGUGACACAGGAGAAGCUCUGGCAGAUUGUCUGCCCUGCAAAGACAAUGGUUGCGAUAUUCCUCCAAAAUGCAAAAAAGUGUCUGUCAUCGGCCCUGAAUCCAGCGUCGAUGAAGGUGAAACCGUCACUCUGAUAUGUUUCCAUAACUUUACCAAUGUGAAUCUGACAUUUGAGUGGCUAAAGGAUGGGAAGCUCAUGAAAGACCAAAAAGAAAGCAAUCUGACUCUAAAAGAAGUGCUCACAUCAGAUGAAGGCUGCUACAUCUGCAGAGUGAAUAGCUCUCAUGGUAGUUACGAGUCUCUGCCACACAGUGUCACUGUAAACAAUGGCAGUGUGGUGAUCCUGGUUGUCUGUGGUGUUUCAGCUUUGGUCCUGGUCCUGAUAAUGGGGAUGGCUAUGAAGCUGAAAAUGAAAAGAGACAACAUUAAGCACAAAGAGAGGAGGAAUCGGAGGGUGCAAGCUGGGCAGAGUGGUGGUCCAUCUCCAAUCACACCAAGAGAGUCCUAA